AGUCUAGCGAGUGUUUAGGAGUUCUCCGGUGCACGUUAGCAAAUAUCUUAAAGAUUCUAACGAUUCAAAUCCUAGUAAAUGCCAAGUGUCAUCACCAAGAAACUCCGCAGUUAAUUGCAGAAUAUCAAAUCCACGUGAACCAAACAUUGAAAGUGAGAAAACCUAGCCGUGUUGAAUCGCCAACGGUGUAAAAUUUCUUUAGCGAUCACCAGUGGAUUACAUUCCAAAUCAAAGACCUAUUCAAGUGCAGAUAAUAAAAGGAUAAUACAGCCAGCAGCGAAUCAUCCAUCGAACUUCUCAAGGUUGUCAAUGGUUCGGCAACUGUAAUUUCCAAUUUGAAUGCCAAGUCUGCUGUUCUAAUCAGUACAAAAUAUUUGAUAAAGGAAAUCUAUACAAAAAAUUCGAAUUGCAAUCCAUGAGGCAUUGAAUGCUCGAUGAUAGCAACUAUCUAACACAACGUUGAAGAGCUGACAAAUUCUCUCUUAUCAUCCUAACAUUUUACAACGAAAGCAAAAAAAAAUUAUCUUGGCCCAGCAAUACACGCUCUUAAAUCGCGAAAGUCAGGCAGCAGGACAGACAGAACAUACAUAGACAUUUCGGGGGCAUUCAAUACUAAUAGCGAUUAUUUUUUUUGCACCCUGUGCACAACGCCACACUAUCGCGCCACACUUUUGAGUACAGGCUCAUUGGAACCCUACUUCUCCCCUAAAUUCAUAAAAUACUACAGUUCGAAGCAACUGAAUAUUAGUCUCCAUCUACACUCCGACCGAGUCGGAUCUUCUUUCCAUUCUAUUCCAUUGAAUAAAUUCAGGAAUUAAGCGGAAGACAGUUAGACAGAAAAAAAAGUGAGAAGAAAGAACUCUUUCCAAAGACAAUUGUAGUUUUCCUCGAUAGUGGUGGCUUUUAGUGAAAUCGGCUACAUAAUCGCAUAUACCAUCCAAUAAAACUUAUAUUCCAUUGAGAGUUGAUUCAAAAGGGAGAUUACACGAGUAUAUAAUAAAAAGUGUGGUGAUUGCAAUUACAAGAAACUUCCGUGAUUCUAUAGCAUUCGUUAGUCGUUACUUGACUUCCACACUGAGUAGUUCUAUCCAUCUGGAGUGAAUCUGCUCAUUCUUAAUUCGAAUCGUCGGCGUAUACAGUUCGUUGGGAAGAACUUGAGAAUUCGGCAAGUGUAGUGUGAAAAAAUUUCCUCAAGAGUUUCGGAGUCGAAUAUUAAAAUAUCUCAAAGGAUUAAUAUAUCAACAGAGUUGGAGAAGAAAAAUAAAGCAGCAUCAGUGAAAGGAUCACAUCAACCACCGAAGACAAUAGAUAUAAACAAGGUGCCUGAAAAUCAAACGAAUCAAGCACCAUUAACGAACGGUAGCAAUAAUAAAAAGAGAAGAAAUAAACGUAAAAAACGUCGAAAUACAGCAAACAACAGCAAUAUGCCGGCCCGUUUUGCAGAAGAAGUAGUUGCUGAUAAUCGGUGUAAUGUCCCCACGGACCUAGGGGGACAUUAUGCCAAUCGAUCGGUACAAGAUGAUGUUGUAAUUACGGGUUUCUCUGGUCGUUUGCCAGAAAGCUCUUCAAUUGAUGAGUUCAAGAAGAAUUUAUUCGAGGGUGUUGAUAUGGUUAAUGACGAUCCACGAAGAUGGCCUAAAGGUUUGUAUGACUUACCAUCACGUUUGGGAAAGAUUAAAGAUGAAGACUUGGAACAAUUUGAUCAACAAUUCUUCAACGUGCAUCAAAAGCAAGCAGAGUGCAUGGACCCACAAUUGCGUUUGUUGCUAGAGACUACACAUGAGGCUAUUAUUGACGCAGGAGUUAACCCCCAAGAUAUCCGAGGAUCCCGAACUGGUGUCUAUAUUGGAGUUUCUUCCUCUGAAACUGAACAAUACUGGUGCAGUGAUCCGGAUUUGGUUAACGGUUACGGUUUGACCGGCUGCGCGCGAGCUAUGUUCGCCAACCGAAUUUCAUUUACAUUCGAUUUCAAAGGACCAAGUUUCUGCGUUGAUACAGCCUGCUCGAGUUCGUUGUAUGCUUUGGAGCAUGCAUUCGCAGACAUUAAAGCCGGAAAAUGUGAUUCUGCGAUCGUUGCUGGUGUUGGUCUGAUUUUGAAGCCUACAAUGUCCUUGCAAUUCAAACGCCUGAACAUGUUGAGCCCUGAUGGUACAUGCCGAGCUUUCGACGAUAGUGGCGCAGGAUAUGUGCGAUCCGAUGGUUGUGUGUCAAUAUUCCUUCAACGUGCUAAGGAUGCCAAAAGGAUAUACUCGACUAUCCUAAAUGUACGAACUAACACCGACGGACAAAAGGAGCAAGGUAUCACCUUCCCUGAUGGCAGGAUGCAAAAUCGUUUGAUUCGCGAGACAUACGAAGAAAUUGGAUUGAAUCCAGCGGAAGUUGUAUACGUUGAAGCUCACGGCACCGGAACAAAAGUUGGUGAUCCACAAGAGGUAAACUCAAUUACAGACUUUUUCUGCAAGGACCGUAAGACCCCACUCUUGAUUGGAUCAGUCAAAUCCAACAUGGGUCACUCAGAACCUGCAUCAGGUGUGUGCUCCAUUGCGAAGGUCCUUAUUGCCAUGGAGGAGGGCGUCAUUCCAGCCAACUUGCAUUACAAGAAUCCAAAUCCAGAUCUCUACGGUCUGAUUGAAGGUAAACUAAAAGUUGUUGACAAGCACACUCCAUGGAACGGUGGCAUCAUCGGCUUGAAUUCGUUCGGAUUUGGAGGUGCCAACGCCCACGUUAUCUUGAAAUCGAAUCCAAAACCCAAGGCGGUGACCCCUAAGGAAGGCCCACCAAAGCUAGUUGUUUUAUCCGGUCGAACAGUGGAUGCCGUUCAAGAUCUGCUUGAAGAUGCUGAGGCACAUAAGGACGACGAAGAAUAUUUCGCGCUCAUCAACGAAAUCCACAACACAAACAUCCCACACCAUUACUACCGAGGAUACUCUGUAGUUACAAACAAGUCAACCCCCUUGCGUGAAGUCGUGGAAUGUAUGGACACAAAGCGGCCAAUUUGGUAUAUCUACUCAGGAAUGGGAAGUCAAUGGGCUAGCAUGGCGAAGGACUUGAUGGGUUUGGAAGUUUUCAACAAAAGCAUUCACCGAUGCGCUGAAGUGCUCCGUCCUGAGGGUGUUGACCUUAUUGAUAUCCUAACCCGCUCGAAUGAGGCGCGCUUUGACAACAUCUUGAACUCAUUUGUGUCAAUCGCCGCCAUGCAAGUUGCUCUAACUGAUCUUCUGACCAGCUUAAAUAUUUCUCCGGACGGCAUCCUUGGACAUUCCGUCGGUGAAUUGGGUUGUGCCUAUGCCGAUGGUUGCUUUACCCCAGAGCAAACAGUACUGGCCGCCUACUGGAGAGGAAAGAGCAUCCAGGACACUGAUCUCGCCAAGGGUCAGAUGGCAGCCGUUGGUUUAUCCUGGGAAGAGUGCAAACAACAAUUGCCUGAGGGCGUGAUUGCUGCUUGCCACAAUAGUUCAGACAGUGUUACAAUCUCCGGACCAGAAGGCAAGGUUACUGAAGUCGUUGAGAAGCUUUCAGCCGCUGGUGUGUUCGCCAAGGCUGUCAAAUCCUCGGGCUAUGCAUUCCACAGCAAAUACAUUGCCGAUGCUGGUCCAAAACUACGCAAGAGCUUGGAAAAGAUCAUUCCGAACCCGAAAAAUCGUACCUCCCGUUGGAUUAGUUCGAGCAUACCAGAAAGUGCAUGGAAUACUCCAAUUGCUAAACAGAGCUCUGCUGCUUAUCAUGUGAACAACUUGCUUUCGCCAGUCUUGUUCCACGAGGGUCUUCAACAUGUGCCAAAGAACGCUAUUUGCAUCGAAAUCGCACCACAUGGAUUGUUGCAGGCUAUUCUGAAGCGAGCUCUUGGUGGAGGUGCAACAAGCUUAAGCUUGAUUAAGCGCUACCAUGACAACAAUCUGGAAUUCCUCUUAACAAACGUUGGAAAGUUAUUCGCAGCCGGCGCCCAACCAAACGUCUCAAAACUCUUCCGUCCUGUUACAUUCCCUGUAGGCCGCGGCACUCCUAUGUUGAACUCCAAAGUAGGAUGGGACCAUUCACAGAGAUGGUUUGUCGCGAAAUUCGGCUCAGAAAAUCAAUCGGGCGAAACCCUUGUCGAUGUCAACCUAUCCAAGGAUGAGGAUGCUUUCCUUGCCGGUCACAACAUCGAUGGACGUAUCUUGUUCCCGGCUACAGGCUAUAUGACCCUGGCAUGGAAGACUUUCGCCAAGGUUCACUCCAGUGACAUGUCACAAACCCCCGUAGUUUUAGAAAACGUUGUCUUCCAUCGUGCAACAAUUUUGAAUAAGGAUAAUGCUGUGAAGUUUGGUAUCAACUUCUUCGAUGGUACUGGCAACUUUGAAAUUUGCGAAGGAGGUUCACUGGCGGUGUCUGGUAAAAUCACAAUUCCGGAUCAUGUAGAGAAGGAGGAGCUUCCAUUGAAUCCAUUGGAAAAAGACAAAUCAGGACUACCGUUGAGCAAGAACGAUGUAUACAAAGAAUUGAGACUUCGAGGCUAUGAUUACAGUGGCAUGUUCCGAGGAGUUAAGGAAACCGACAACCAAGCAGUUACAGGAAGCUUGGAUUGGGAAAACAACUGGGUCAGUUUCAUGGACACAAUGCUGCAAUUCAGCAUUAUGGGCAAGGACUUACGAGAGCUCUAUCUUCCAACACGAAUUGAGAAGAUCAUCAUCAACCCAGCAAAACACCUCGAACUUCUUGCACAAGUUUCGGACGAGAAGAAAUCACUCCCUGUAUACAUGUACAAGGACAUUAAUGUGAUCAAGAGUGGUGGUGUUGAAAUGCGUGGCUUGAAGGCUUCCCUUGCACCACGCCGUUCCGGCACUCAACUCCCACCCUCUUUGGAGCGCUACGUCUUCGUACCACAAAGCAAUGGCUCCGAUCUAUCUGAAAACCCUGAGAAGGCACGCUUGAACGCCCUCACCGUGGCAUUGCACUUAGUCACUGAUAAUUCUGGCGGCGCACUCAAAGUUAAAGUUGCUGAAAUUGCAAACGAACGUAAUGCUGACAGCUUAUUGGCCCAAAACAUUCUUGGCAUAAUUGAAGGCGAGCCCACCUUAGCCUCCGAUGUUGUUGUGGCUUCUGCUAAAAAUACCGAUCAACUGAAAUCUCACUUUGGAGAUUCUGGAGUCCGCGUAGUUAACAAGAACAUUUCUGAGGGACCAGUCGAGCAAAAUUGCCAUCUUGUGCUCGCAUACGAUGUUCUUGGCCGUCCAGAUAGUGGAACCGUUCUGGAAAACGUGCUGAACACAAUCAGAGAGGAAGGAUUCAUUCUUUUGGAUGAAGUCCAAUCCAACUACGAAAAGAACGCUUCCGUCCUGCAAAAGAAGAACUUGAUUGUGGUCUCCACCCAAAAGGUCGGCCAACGAGUAUUUGUGUUGGUCCGUUCGCUUAUCGAUGUCCGCAACAGGAAGAAGGUCGUCAUUCAGUUGACGGAAAAGAACUUCAAGUGGUUGGAUCAAGUUAAGAAAGAAUUGCAAACAGCCGAAGAUGAGAACAAAUUCAUUUAUUUAGUCUGCCAAGGCGAGGAAUUGUUUGGCGCUGUUGGUCUCCUGAAUUGCGUGAAGAAUGAAGUAGGCGGUCGAUUCGCGAGGAUGUACUUCAUCCAGAAUCCAUCAGCUGAGAAAUUCUCAGUGGAUUCUAAAUUCUACCAGGAGCAGCUGAAUAAGGAUCUUAUUUGCAAUGUAUUGAAGUCGGCCGGCUGGGGAACCUUCCGUCACUUGAAAUUAGAGACGUCUGGAGACACCCCUACUCUACAAGUCGAACACGCUUACAUCAAUGCUAUCACCAAAGGUGAUUUGUCCAGUCUCAAGUGGAUCGAAGGACCUCUCUCAGUCCAGAAACCGGCAUUUGGAGAUAACCAGGAAGAUCUCUGCACUGUCUACUAUGCUCCAAUCAACUUCCGUGACGUCAUGCUGAGCUCUGGAAAAUUAGCUGCCGAUGCAUUACCUGGAGAUUUAGCACAACAGGACUGUGUCCUCGGUUUGGAGUUUGCCGGCCGUGACUCAAGCGGCAAACGCAUCAUGGCCAUGGUUACAGCCAAAUCAUUGGCCACAACGUGCGUUGCUUCCCGCAACAUGAUGUGGGAAAUUCCAGACAAUUGGACAAUGGAACAAGCCUCGACGGUGCCUUGUGUCUACUCAACAGUGUACUACGCUCUUGUAGUGCGCGGUAAAAUGAAGAAGGGCGAGAAGAUUCUCAUUCACGCUGGUACAGGUGGUGUCGGACAAGCCGCAAUCUCCGUUGCAUUGCAUCAUGGAUUGACUGUAUUCACUACUGUUGGAAGUCAAGAGAAGAGAGACUUCUUGAAAAAGACUUUCCCACAAUUGACUGACCGAAACAUUGGUAACUCUCGUGAUACAUCCUUUGAACAGUUGAUCAUGCGCGAAACACAAGGUCGUGGAGUUGAUUUGGUACUCAACUCGUUGGCUGAUGAAAAACUGCAAGCCUCCGUCAGAUGUUUGGGAUUGAAUGGACGAUUCUUGGAAAUUGGAAAAUUCGAUUUGAGCAACAACUCGCCGUUGGGUAUGUCUGUCUUCUUGAAGAACACAUCGUUCCAUGGAAUUUUGUUGGACAGCAUCAUGGAAGGUGACGAAGAAACACAGAAAGAAGUUGUGGCUUUAGUUGCGGAGGGUAUCAAGAACGGUGCCGUGCGUCCUCUACCAACAACUGUCUUCAAUGAACAACAAGUAGAGCAAGCAUUCCGUUUCAUGGCUUCUGGCAAGCAUAUUGGCAAAGUCGUUAUUAAAGUACGUGAUGAGGAAUCAGCUAAGGUUCUGAAACCACAAACUAAAUUGGUGACCGCUAUCCCAAGAACAUACAUGCAUCCAGAGAAGACAUACAUUGUUGUGGGAGGAUUGGGUGGCUUCGGAUUGGAAUUGUCCCAUUGGAUGGUGUCACGUGGUGCUAAGAAGCUGGUUCUCACUAGCAGAAGUGGUGUUAAGACCGGCUAUCAAUCUCUGAUGAUCCGUAGGUGGAAGGCCCGCGGUGUGCAAGUCGCCAUUGACACCAAUGAUGUAACGACAUCUGAAGGAUGCAAAAAACUACUUGAAGCUUCGAAUAAACUUGGAUUGGUUGGCGGAAUUUUCAAUUUGGCGGCGGUACUGAGGGACGGACUACUUGAGAACCAAACCGAACAAGACUUUAAGACUGUAUGCGUUCCUAAGGUGGAUGGUACCAAAUACUUAGAUCAAUUGUCACGAGCCUUGUGUCCUGAAUUGGAUUACUUCGUCUGCUUCUCAAGUGUGUCUUGCGGUCGUGGUAACAUCGGUCAAACAAAUUACGGCUUGGCUAACUCAGCCAUGGAACGAAUUUGCGAAAAUCGUCAAGCAUCUGGCUUCCCAGGAACUGCAAUUCAAUGGGGUGCUAUCGGUGAUACUGGUCUUGUUAUUGAGAAUUUGGGCGACAACGACACUGUUAUUGGGGGAACCCUACCACAACGAAUGACAUCAUGUCUCCAAACGUUCGACAUGUUCCUACAACAACCUCACGCUGUAUUGGCAUCAAUGGUCGUGGCUGAAAAGAGGAAGGCUGACGCAACUGGAGGAGUCAGUUUAGUAAAUAGCAUUGCAAAUAUCCUAGGCUUACGAGACAUGAGGAACGUUCAAGACGUUGCAACCUUAGCUGAUCUCGGAAUGGACUCUCUCAUGGGUGCUGAAAUCAAACAAACUCUUGAACGAAACUUUGAUGUUGUGAUGACACCACAAGAAAUUCGUCAAUUAACAUUCGGCGCACUUAAGGAGCUCGAGGGUUCUGCAGGCGGAACCGUUUCACCAGCUCCAGUCAGUCCAUCAAAGAGCACCCCAUCACCAUUCGGCGAUGGAACCCAAGUAGUUUUCCUAUCAGAGCUGAUGCCCACCGAACCAAUUGUUCGUUUGAAAUCAAACGCACCGAAUGACUCAAAGAAACCUCCAAUCUUCUUCGUGCAUGCCAUUGAAGGAUUUGCCGCACCUUUAGUACCAUUAGCCGAAAAAUUAGACAGUCCCGCCUAUUGUUUGCAAUGCACAGAAGAGGCACCACUUGGAUCACUUGAGGAAUUAGGCGAAUAUUAUGUUAAACAAAUUAAGAAAAUCCAACCGAAAGGACCUUACUCGAUAGCUGGCUAUUCGUUUGGUGCAACUAUUGCUUAUGUAAUGGCAGCUUACUUAGAACAACAGAAUGAGGAUGUACAACUUGUGAUGUUGGACGGUGCACCCAAGUAUGUAUCGUGGUACACACAAACACAUAAGGCAAAGAAAAAUGCAUUGGAAUCAACAGAGGAACAGAAUGAGGCUUAUGCGUUGGCAUACUUUGGCAUGGUUCUAGGAAAUAUGGAUUAUGGUGGUGUUGCUCGUUUACUUCUUAAAAUCCCAACAUGGGAGGCCAAGGUCGAAAAAUGUGCAGAAUUGCUUCAUGCAGAAAUUAAUCAACCAGUUGACUUGAUUAUCAAAACUGCAACUGCAUUCUAUCACAAACUCUUGGCUGCUGACAAAUUCAGAGCAUCACAUAAGAUCAAGAAGUCUGUAACGCUUAUCAAACCCACUGAAAAUUAUGCCAAACUAGAAGCUGAUUACGGUCUUUCGGAGGUAUGUCAAAAGGAUGUUAAAAUCCUAACAGUCGAAGGAAACCAUCGAACCAUCCUAACAGAGGAUGAUUCCGUUAGCAUGAUAGUAGAUAUCCUCAAAGGACUCUUAGCAUAAAGGCAUCGCUCUCCGCUUUCUCAUAUAUUAUAAGAAUAGUCUCAUAUUAGGUUCCAACGGCUAUAUUUACAUACAUUGAAGGGUGGUUUUCAUACGGCAUAUUUUUUUUUAAUUUAUAAGAAAGUUGAUUCUCAUUGAAGCAGAAUACACAUUCGCAGUUGUCUCGGAGCAACGCUACAUUCCAUAAAACAAGGAACAGAAAUUUGUUAUAACGAAAGAAAAAAUAAUGAAAACGGAAAAUUUUCCAAUUUUACUCAGUAGUUGAUACGAUAGACACACAGUGGAUAUUGAAAUAUAUUUAAAACAAAUUAAAUGUAACCAAAUGUAAGGAUACAUUUGUAGUUGACUAAGUGGCUGAAUUUGCUAUUUUUGCACUAAAUAGUUUUGUACAGAAUCAAAUAUACAUCACAAAAGUAAAAGACAGUAAUGUAUCAAAAACAAACGUAAAAGGGUAAAUAUUAGAUUAUUAUUUAUUCGUUUAUUGAAGGGAGGCUAUAAUCCUGCCAAUGUUCAGGGAGUCUAGGUCCAUUUUCAUCCUUUGAGCAUUCGCAAUUUCAUAGUGAACUCUCUGAUAUUUGUUCAAAAAUAAUGAAAAGUGAUUUAAAUGUGUAUAUUUUCGGGGUAGUCUUAUAUUUUUUUUAUAUUGUUAAUCGUAGAAUAAAUUAUUUUUCAAGAAACAAUGGAAGUUCUAUAUUUGCAUAUUCUACUUUGUUUCCGAUGGUCUUGGCUUUAAUUCCAUGAUGGAGAGCAGAGUUUGCGUUAAUCAUGGAAAGAAUAUUAUUUUUUAUUUGAAAUUCACUUUUCUGCUCUUCAUGAGUUUCACCCUUUCGAACGUCAGCAUAGAUUCAUAAUUCUACAAAGUAAAACCGUUCCUACUCCAUUAUCACCUUAUCUAUCACGCGUUCAUUUAGUAGAAUAGAUGAUGUUCAUGCACAUUAAAAGCACCGUAAAUGAGUUGUUUGACGUUAAUAAUAUUUCAUGAAAUCAGAAUGGAAACCAAUGGAUCCGAAUAUACUACUAGUCGGGAGUAUUUCAUAUGCUAUGUGAACAUGUUUUUUAAUUGGAAAUAUUAGGGGCUAAAUUUGUACUUUGGAAAUUUGAAACAGAUGAAAAUUUAAAGGAAAACAUACGGCACUUGUAAUAUACUCGCUUUUUCUCACGACAUAACUAUCGAUGGGGAAACACUCUAUACUUUGCGACUUAUAAAUUUGUGUAUAUAAAAAUUAUUAAACAAAAUAAAAACUGAAUGAAAAUAAA